UGUUAUGAAGCCAAACAGCACUAAGUGCGUUCAAAGAAAGUUCAGUAGUUUUAUGAAUACAUUGGCAGUUCUUUGGUACAAACCGUUUUUGGGACGUGCAAUUUUUAGAGUGGGACCAUCUUCAGCAGCAGAGAACGUCAUUAUUUUCGUUAGGUCAUUUUAUAUCACGUCAUCUUUCAUGUUACUAGCCCGCCUCACGCGGAUUUGUGCACAAUGACGUCAUCAGCCAACAAGCGUUCUCGAGCUUCACACCUGCCCAGUUGCAAAAGUAAUUCUAACACCGUGAGGACGGAGUUAUCGCGAUACUUUACAUUAACCAGCAAUUUAAAACUUUGUGCUCUAGGCGUAUUUUUGCAGGUGAAGCUCGCGUGACAAGUUCGGAAAUCAGUCGGACCAAUGAAGGCAAAAUGUCAAGAAGCAGCUCUUCUUUUACUUCGCCUACUUCUUCUGCUUCUUCGCCAUUUAAUCCUGUUCCAAGACACGAGCAGUUCGUCAAGCUCUUCUCCGCUGCUUUCUACGCAGCCAGCUCUUUCCUUAUAGUGAUUGUCAACAAGACAGUUUUAACUACGUAUAGGUUUCCUUCAUACACGUUCCUUGGAAUUGGACAGAUGGCUUGCACAAUUGUCAUUCUUUAUUUAGCCAAAAUGUGCAACGCAAUCUCUUUUCACGACUUUGACAAGAGCUUACACAGAAAGAUUUUUCCUUUGCCAUUACUCUAUGUCGGCAAUCACAUAACAGGUCUGGGAAGCACAAAGAAAUUAAGCUUACCCAUGUUUACUGUGCUCAGAAAAUUCACUAUUCUACUGACAAUGAUUAUGGAAGCAAAAAUAUUGAGAAACUCCUUUUCACCUCAGCUGGUGUGCAGUGUGGUGGCCAUUGUGUUUGGCGCACUGAUUGCUGCAAGUUCUGACCUGGCCUUUGAUGCAGAGGGAUAUGCUUUCGUUCUGCUUAAUGAUGUCUUCACAGCUGCCAAUGGCGUGUACACAAAGCAGAAAAUAGAGGGCCUGGGCAAGUACGGAGUUUUGUUCUACAAUGCAUUUAUCAUCAUAGUUCCCACUAUUUUAGCAAGUGCCUACACUGGAGAUUUAGAGAAGGCCAUUGCUUUUAAUGGAUGGGUAUCACUGGGAUUCAUUUUUUAUUUUCUUUUGUCUUGUGUUAUGGGAUUCAUUUUGAUGUACUCCAUUGUUCUAUGCAGUCAUCACAACAGUGCCUUAACCACCACAGUUAUUGGUGCCAUUAAGAAUGUUGCAGUAGCCUACAUUGGUAUGUUCAUUGGAGGGGACUAUGAAUUUUCCUGGCCAAACUUUGUAGGGCUGAAUAUAUGUAUUUCUGGUGGCCUGGCCUAUUCAUACUUGACGUUUCAUAGCACCAGUAGCUCCUCACCACACACACCAAACCAAGAGAAGGAAGAACCGAAACAUGUCGUUGAGGAGCCCCAUGAUAUCUCUGAGAAAAGAGCAUUCUAAUAUACAGUAUACCUAAAGUCUAAAUUUGCAGUCUAUUUUUAUACCUGUAUUUUACUAAAGCUGCAAUUAGUGACUUUAGAUUUUUAUGUAACAUAAUAUUUUGACGCUUAACUUUGUAGAACAUUGUAUUUGAAACAGUGACUAUGAGGUUAAUGUGCUAAAAGUCAUCUUUGAGGGCAUGUGUGCUUAUAUUUUUUCAAUCAUGUAAUAAA